GAGGGUUAAUUUAAAAUUACCGGAAUGUUUUUUAGAAACUUUUUCAAAGGAAAACCGCAAACAACAGCACGUAAGCUUAUAAAUAAUUCUUUUGGAAAUUACGAGGUUAUUGAACCAUGGGAAGUAACUGAAAUUAAAAAGGUACCAUCAUAUAUUCCUAAGCCUUCUUAUAGCCAAUCAUCUAUACCUCAAGAAGGACCAAAGAGCCCAGAAAUUAAAGACAAAAAUCAAAUACAGAGCAUGAGACAUAGUUGUAGUUUUGCUAAACAGGUGUUAUUCUAUGCCAAGAACUAUAUAAAGGCUGGUACAACUACAGAUAAACUGGAUGCAAUAGUUCAUGAAAUGAUUAUAAGUAACGGAGCUUAUCCUAGUCCACUUAAUUAUCGAGGAUUUCCAAAAUCAAUAUGUACUAGUGUUAAUAAUGUUGCAUGUCAUGGUAUUCCAGAUAAACGACCAUUACAAAAGGGAGAUAUACUUAAUGUUGACAUAACAGUAUAUUUAAACGGAUAUCAUGGAGAUUGUUCAAAAAUGUUUGAAAUAGAAGACUGUGAUGAAGAAGCUAAACAUCUAAUAAGUGUAACAGAAUUGUGUUUAAAAAAAGCCAUUGAUAUUUGUAAACCGAAUGAGAAUUUUUCUACCAUAGGAUGUAUUAUUGAAGCAACAGCAGAUAAAUAUGGAUAUUCGGUAAUUCCAGCAUUUGCUGGACAUGGUAUAGGUACUUACUUUCAUGGACCACCAGAUAUUUUUCAUUUUGCAAAUAAUUUUGCUGGAAAGAUGUUACCUGGAAUGACAUUUACUAUAGAACCAGUUUUAAGUCGGGGCAGCAAAGAAGUUGAAAUUUUAGAAGACGGUUGGACGGCUGUUACAGCGGAUAAUUCACGAACUGCUCAAUGUGAACAUACCGUUUUAAUUACAGAUACUGGUUGCGAGGUAUUAACUUUUUAAUCUUGUGUAAUUUCCCGUUCCACGUGAUUUUCUCUGUCGUAUACAACUUACUUUCUCUCAAUAAAUUAUAAAAGAUUAAAUAACAAUAA